AUGAAGAUUAUAGUCGCAGGGGCAACGGGUCUCGUUGGAUCUGAGAUUAUUCGCCAAUGUCUUGACAUCGAUGCAGUAACAGAGGUCAUUGCCCUAGCAAGAAGCCCGAUUCAAAUCGACCGGAGCAAUAAAUCUUUGAAGAUCAAAUGUGUGAUGAUUGAAGACUAUGAGUACUAUCCCGAUCAUGUCAAGGCUGUAUUCGCAGGUGCAGAUGCUUGUAUAUGGACGGUGGCUAUAACUCCUUUUAGGUCAGGAAGCUUCAGCUUUGAGGAAGUGAAACGGGUCUGCCAAUCUUGUACAUUGACUGGUUUGCAAACGAUAUAUGAGGCCCAAGGAGGUCGAGCAUUUCGAUUCAUGUACCUCAGCGCCGAGGGGACACCCGACGAUCCUACAAAGAAACCCAUGUUUAUGGGAGACUAUCAAAUUAUGCGACGAGAAACAGAACUACAACUACAAGAGUUUUCCGAUAGCAACGCAAAUAUCGAGAUUUGUAUCGCUCGUCCGGGUGUUGUGACAAACUCCACGACCUGGGGGAGAGCUGCUCUGGCUUCUCUGUUGCAAUUGACCAAUCACUUCUCGCGGGCCAUUCCGAACGUGGGACGUAGCGAACUUGCUGCGGCUAUCCUCAGCCAGAUUUUACAUGGAUUCAGUGGCGAGAUACUUUCAAAUGUGGAUUUAGUCGGGAUUGGGCAAGAAGCCUUGCGUGCAAAAGAGUCUUAG